AUGUUAUUCAAAUCAUUAAAUCAAUUAUUUUCAUCAUCAUCAUCAUCAUCAUCAUCAAAUAAAAUUGUACAAGUUUCAAUCAAUUCUAAUGAAUUAUCAAAUUUAUUUGAAAUGAAUAAUACUGUUGGAACAAAUAAACAUUAUAAUAAUGCAGUCUUUACAAGACCACAAAUGUAUAGUUUCUAA